ACAGAAUCUAAGGAGUCCACAAGAGCCUAGAUAUAAGCAUGGCAUCGUGUUUUCUCAGUCAUUCUUCUUCUCAUGCUAUUGCAUAUGAUGGAAUGCUUGCUAUCCAAGAAGUUAUGACCUUAAUCAGUAUACAGUGUCCAUCAAAGAAGAGCUUCAACAUCAGUGGAUGAUACUACAUGUGAAGGAAAUGUAACUCAACAGGAUCCACCAGAGAAUCUCAGAGCCAACGAAAGCCAAGACAUGGAUCUUCCAUGGCAGGUCUUUCUGAGCACUUCUUGAAUGUGUUUGUCCCGAGGCUGGUCUUUGCUCUCCCCCAGCAAGGUUUAAUCUUUCUUGGGACCAGCAAAACAUUCCACAGUCCAGAGUCACACUCCCUUCCUCCCAUAUAUCUUUAUCUUGCACUUUCGCUUCCCUACCAACUCCCCCCUCACGCAGGUCUUGUCUUUUUACCUCCUCCACCAUCUACUUUUCUUGAAGAAAUGUCUCGUCUCAUGUGUCGCUCCUCUCGCACCGGAGUUCCUCUCCUCUCUGGUUUCAUCUGAGGUUGACGGCAACAAAAUAUGGUGAGAUUAGUUGGGUAUCGAGAGCUGCUUCCUUUUCUUGCUUUCGCAUCGGGGUUUCUCUUCCUGCCUUCGGGGUCGUUUGCUGAUGAGGUUACUGCGCUCGAAGCUUUCAGGAAAGCCAUAUAUGAAGACCCCCUCUCGAGGUUGUCUGACUGGAAUCCCCAGGAUCCAAAUCCUUGCAACUGGACUGGCAUCAAAUGCUCAAGCCCUCCUCAGAAUAUUGUUAUUUCCAUAAACCUCUCCUCUUCGUCUUUGAAAGGAUUUCUAGCUCCGCAGCUUGGCUCGCUGCAAUGGUUGCAAGAAUUAGUUUUGGAUAACAACUUGCUUAUGGGAACCAUACCAUAUCAACUAAGCACAUUAACAAACCUUAUUAUGUUGAAUUUGAGUGUAAAUGAACUCUCAGGACCCAUUCCUCCAGAAAUUGGAAAUUUGACCAGCAUUACAAAAAUAGAUCUUCAUUCUAAUAGAUUGAAUGGUUAUAUACCCCCGGAGCUCGGAGAUUUGACUAAACUAUUUGAGUUGCGGUUAGAUAGGAACAAGCUCAGUGGAGUUAUUCCUGUGAGCAAUGUUUCAAACAUGCUUGCUUCUCAGGAAAAGGGCUCAGGUUUAUGCCAAUUAACUCACUUAGGAGUUGGAGAUUUCUCAUACAACUUUUUGGUCGGCAAAAUUCCCUCUUGCCUGGACUAUCUUCCAAGAUCAAAUUUUCAAGGAAAUUGCUUUGAUGUUGAUGGCUCUGUCUUUCAGCGAUCUGCUCAACAAUGUAGCUCAGUGAAUAUCCUGGACUCAGACGGAGAUUCUAAAAGGAAUUACCCUGAGAGGCUUAAGCACAAGAAACCUUCACAACCGUUUUGGCUUCUGAUUCUGGAAAUUGCUACUGGAGUUCUUGUUCUUGUUUUCCUGAUUACAUGCAUGGCCACUGCCUGUAACAGAUGCAAAAGAAAAUCAUAUCUUCUCUCAUGGAGAAAAAUCCCAAGUUGGAAUGACCACACAGCAUUAUCAAUUGAUCCUGACUUGUUGAAAAAUGUUUUGAGAAUAAGCUACCAAGAAAUUGAGGCAGCUUGUGAGGAUUUUAGUAACGUAAUUGGAUCUUCUCUGUAUAAUCUAGUUUACAAAGGCACUAUGAAGAAUGGGCCUGAAAUCGCUGUAAUAUCACUUUGUAUUUCAGGAGACCAGUGGACUAGCUCUCAUGAGCUUUACUUUCAAACUGAGGUUGCAACUCAGUCUAAAAUAAUUCAUGAGAACACAGCGAAAUUUCUUGGUUACUGCCAAGAAGGUGACCCAUUUUCUAGAAUGCUCGUCUUUGAAUAUGCAUCAAAUGGAACACUGUAUGAGCAUAUUCAUUAUGGUGAUGGGUGCCAGUUAUCUUGGCUCAGACGCACAAAAAUUGCCAUUGGUAUUGCUCGUGGACUAAGAUAUUUACAUACCGAACUUCAGCCUCCAUUCACAAUAGCAGAAUUAACUUCCAGUACAGUAUACCUCACUGAAGAUUUUUCUCCUAAGUUGGUUGAUUUUGAGAGAUGGAAGAACAUUUUCUUGAAAUCAAGAAUGCAUUCUGGAUAUGUCACGAGUGGAGGUUCACUAAAUGGCUCUGUGGAUUCUCUUAAAAGCCAGUUUUUGGAUGUCCAGGGGAAUAUAUAUGCGUUUGGGGUAAUUUUACUAGAAUUAAUAAGUGGAAGACCAGCAUACUGCAAAGAAAGAGGUUCCUUGUUGGAUUGGGCUAUGAAGUACUUAGACAAUCCAGAAGAAAGAGGCAAGCUAGUAGACCCUCAGCUCAAAAAGGUCAAGCCUGAAGACCUGGCGAUAAUAUGCAAUGUGAUAAGUCUUUGCCUUGAACCCGAACCAUCAAAGAGGCCAUCAAUGCAGAUAAUAGCUGCUCUGUUGGAAGACGGUAUCGACGUCACGGUUAAUGCCAUGCUCAAGGACUAUCCUUUGGCAUGGGCAGAGCUCGCAGUAGCAUCAUAGUUUGGAGGCAAUCUUACUGUACAGUUGAAGUUUAAAUGAGAAAAUAACCUUUUUAUACAAAAUUUUCUUGUAGGACUUUUUUUCCUUUAUCAGUUGAUCUGUGACAGUGAUUGAAUAGAGAUUGAAAACAGAAAAGGAGAACAGUUAUUUCA